AUGUCAGACAAGCCUUUUGUGGCUUCCAGCCAUUUAACGGAUUAUCUUGAUCUUAUUGGCGCUUCGAUUUUAGUAGACAAGGAUGACUUCGUCGGUAUUCAUCAUGCUGAUCGAGCGCUCGCUGAAGACUUUGGCCGAGUAGCCAAAGGUAAUGCUAGUCCACUCAGAGCAAUCACCGCUAACCAGGCCGAGCCAUUUAUCGACGCGCCUCGGAAGACUGCUAUAAUCAUUGGGUGCAUCGAUUCCUGCUGGAUAAUCAAGCAUCUGGAACGAUCGGGGAAGAUUGACACUCGCUCUAUUCUUGGCAAGUGGGAGUCUUCUAUCACUGCAGUCGUAAAAACCCCUUUGGAGGAAUGUGAAAAUGCACUGGUCAUCGCUGGCAGUGACAAAAGAGGAGCCAUAUUCGGUGCUUAUACGCUCUCUAGUCAAAUAGGCGUGUCUCUAUGGUAUUGGAGGGCAGACGUACCAGCAAAGCAUCACCCAGAAAUCUACGCCUUACCUACAACGACCACCCACGGCGAACCGAGCAUCCAAUACCGCGGUAUUUUCAUCAAUGACGAAGCACCCGCGUUGACAGGAUGGGUGCUUGAGAAAUUCGGAGGAUACAACAGCCGAUUUUAUAAAAAGGUGUAUGAGCUGCUUCUGCGAUUGAAGGCAAAUUUCAUGUGGCCGGCGAUGUGGCCCGGAUAUCCCAACCCGGGAGCGGUUUUCUUUACAGCUGAUCCCGAAAAUCAGCGAAUCACCGACGAAUACGGAAUCUGUGUAUCGACUUCCCAUCACGAGCCUCUGCAACGCGCGACGACGGAGUGGUUUGAAAAUGGGCGGGUCGAUGGAACGUGGAAUCGGACAACACACCGCGAGGAGAUUAUUGAGUUCUUUCGUGGGGGUGUGAAUCGGGCGAAGGGCCUUGAGUCAUCACUCUCGGUAUUCGUGGCGAAUAUGAUCGUCAAAUGGCAACUGAUGAUCCUGAGAGCGCUGUUUGAGGAAGUCCAUGGGCGUGAAGAUGCUGUUCCACAGGUUAUGGCCUUGUACAAGGAGAUACAAGAUCUGUACCAAGCUGGAGAUUUCACUGUGCCUGAUGAUGUGACGUUAUUGUUUGCCGAUGACAAUUUCGGCUCUUUACGGCGGCUACCUUCUGGGUCUGAAAAAAGCCGAAAGGGUGGUGCGGGUAUAUAUUACCAUUUUGAAUACGUCGGAGCGCCUCGGAGCUACGAAUGGAUCAACUCCAAGUCGUUGCUGUUCGAGGCACACCGUCGCAAUGCUCGCAAGAUCUGGGUCUUUAAUAUCGGAGAUAUCAAGCCCAUUGAAGUCCCACUGACCUUUGCAAUGCAGCUGGCAUGGGAUGUUGAAUCCAUUAGUGCAGAUACUAUCAUUGAGCUCCUGGGGGGCACUGCAUCCAGUUACUUCGGCGAGGAGCUCAGUCAAGAUACGAGCGCUAUUUGGCACGAGUAUGACCGCCUCGUUCGCAUUCGCAAACAUGAGCACAUCGAUUUGGACAGCUUUUCAUUGCUCCAUUAUAACGAAGCAGAUGAUAUUGUAUCCCGGUGGCAAUUCUUAGAGAUAUCUGUCGAUGCCGUCUACCAGCGUGUUCCUACUGAGCAAAAAGCCGCAUUCUGGGAGCUAGUUGUACACUCGGUGAAGGCUAGCACAAUAUUCACCCGUCUGCGAGUCGCUCAAGGUCGGAACCAACUCUAUGCACGCCAACGACGCAACACAGCCAACAAGCUCUUGCGUGAAAUCUUGGACUUAUUUGACGCCGACUUCAAGCUAUCACAGAAAUUCCAUUCCUUGCUGGACGGCAAAUGGAAUCAUAUGCUGUGCCAACCGCACCUGGGAUACGGCGAUACAUGGCAUGCCCCAUCGCGAGACGCGAUAUUUGGGUUAGCUUACGUCCAGGGAUAUCGGAAUAGCAAUUUGAUUGUCGGGCAGAUGGGUAUUGCCGUUGAAGGCCACGAAGGCAUCCGGGCAGGGCGGAUCAACGAGGAGAGUGAGCGAACGCAUCCAAGCCGACGCGACUUGCUUUCGGUCACAGAAGGUAUGCUAGACCCUGAUGGAGAUGAUGCUCGUGUUUGGAUCUCGAUUUUAUGGGGCCAGGUUCCAGUUCGCUUCGAUCAGAGGGUUUUGAUCACUAUCUCAUCGAAAGAAGGGGACUAUGAGCAUGUCCAUCUCCCCAUCCGUGGCCACCGCGUCCCAGAGUCCUUCCGUGUUUUUGUUGAAGCUGAUGGCCGUAUUUCUAUACCUGCAUAUGGCAUGGGAAUCAAACCUCCCUAUCAUCAUCACCCAGAGCUCGGCCGCGGAAGUGAAGGUGCGGUAACAGUGGGAAUUUGCGACCCCUUGAAAGGGAAUGAGGCACCAUUCUUGGAAAAUCCGGUGUACAUAUUCUCACAUUCUAGUUCUUCCACGGUCAUUCUGUACUUUAACAUGACACUGGAAAUCGAUCCAGCACAGCGAAUGUCCUAUGAGAUUGGCAUUGAUGAUCAACUGGCCAAAUUUCAUAAUCUCCUGGCAGACCCGGGACAGAACAAAGGCAAAAUUCUGGCAGAGGGCUGGUCAGAUGCUGCCAUGGACUGUGUUUGGAAGAGGGAGCACAGCGUCACUGGCCUAGGUAUCGGUGUUCACAUUAUCAGGGUCAGGUUGAACCACACGAACGUCGUCCUAGAGAAGAUUGUGCUGGACCUCGGCGGCGUUAAGGAAAGCUAUCUUGGCCCCCCAAAGAGUUUUUGUGCGUCGGGAUGA